UCUCCAAAAUUACGCAGCACCGUGAUGACGCCAUUGUAAGUCGAGACAUGGAGCGGAAACCAAAAAGAAAAAAAGAGCCCCUUUUUUUCCUGUUUGUUUAUCGCAUCCAUCCCAUCCAUCCCGCCAGGCUCAGUAUAUUAAAGCCAGACACGCCUCGCUGCUCCCAUCUGUGCGUAACGGCCCCGGUGGUGAACCGCAUGUGGAUUCUUGGAAAGCAGAGGAUGAGACUGCCAGAGAAGGUUCCCGAGCUCACCCCUUAUCUUUUACUUAUGGGAAUAAACGAGGAAGUCCAGUCCCAAAUGAGCGGCAGACAGAAGGAGCCAUCACUCACCAACAGCAGCGCGUGGAUGUACGCGACCAUGGAAAACCCGAACUUUACGCACGACCCAGCGCACAUAAAUGAGACUGUGGUUCAACGCUCCACAGCCCAGCCUGUCAACUCAGCCAUCACUUUACCCAUUUUUAUGUUCGCUGGAGGCGCCAUUGGAAAUUUAAUAGCCAUAAUAGUUCUGUCGGUGUCGCGGCACCGGCAGAAAUCGUCCGCGUUCUACACCCUGGUGUGCGGGCUGGCGGUGACGGACCUGCUGGGCACCUGUUUGGCGAGUCCGAUCACCAUCGCCAACUACCUGGACCAGGAUGUGCUGACGGACAGGCACCUGUGCGAGUUCAUGUCCUUCGUGUUGCUCUUUUUCAGUCUAACCGGACUCAGCAUCAUCUGCGCCAUGGCUGCGGAGCGCUACUGGGCCAUCUGCUGCCCCUACACCUACCAGAGCUGGGGGGUGGACCGCCGCUUCGCGCACAGGUUCCUCUUGGUCAUCUACAUCAGUCACAUCUUCUUCUGUUGUCUCCCGAUGAUGGGCAUGGCGCAGAGCGAGCUGCAGAAGUCCCAGACCUGGUGCUUCAUCUCCUGGGGGGCCGCCUACUCGGUCCUGUACGGGGCCGUGAGCCUGGCGCUCAUCCUGGGGACCAUCCUGCUGAACCUGGCGGUGUGCGGCGCGCUGCUGCUCAUGCGCCAGAGGACCGCGCAGAGGCCGGCGACCAGAGCCAGCGUCCGGGAGCGGUGGAGAGCCCUGUCCUCCGCCGCGGAGACGCAGAUGAUCGCGGUGCUGGUGAUGACGUCAGCCGUGGUUCUGGCCUGUUCGGCUCCGCUGGUGGUCCGUGUGUUUGCCAACCACUACGUGCCUAAAACUGACCCCGAUGCCGACCGCGCCGCCAUCCUGAUCGCUUCAGUGAACCCCAUCCUGGACCCCUGGAUCUACAUCCUCCUCAGACGGUCUCUGUUCCGCCGUUUGAGGACUUUGUCCAGGAGGGGCAGCAGCGCUCGCAGUGCCUCCCACCCCUCCCCAGAGAGGAACCUGUUCUACCCAGACAUCAUGAGGGACAGUCAUGUGAUCACACAGCUCAUGUGCAGCGCCAAUGUCAUCACCCAACUGCCCACCACCGUCAAAUUCACCUCGUAUGACGCAGAGAACCUCCAGCAGACGUAAACACGGGGACUCAGGACCCAGAGGGUGGAUUCAUCAUUCUGAUCCAGAGACGUCUGUGAGGGGUCUUCAGGUGGAGAGGACCCUCAGCGCUCCAGGAUUAUUUGUUAAACACAGGAAAAGACUGUUGUGACCUGCAGACAGACGACUGAUGAAAGGGUAGAUGCCCCUAAAGCAGGGGUGUCAAACAUAAGGCCUGCGGUCCAAAAGCAGCCCGCU